CGUCUCUCUGUGCCUCCCCCCGCAGAUCCCAGGCCCGCGCCCUGAGCGCAGCAUGCCCGCCCCGCUGCUCGCCCUCUUGCUUCUGCGCACCCUUCUGAUUCGCCUGUGGCUGCUGGCUCGCAAGCGCCUCCUGCCGCUGCUCCGGCGCCUGAGGGCCCGCCUGACUUCUCAGCAGUCCCGAGAGGCCAUCCUCACCUGCCUGCUCUGCCUCCUUAACCUGCGCAAGAAGGUGGACGACGCCUGAAGCGGACUCCCGGGGGAAGGGGGCGGCGGCACCUCUCCCCAAAUUUCGGGGCUCGGGCGUGGCGAGACCAGCACCCACCUGUCACAGCCCUAGCGCGGAGCCUCGUUCGGAGGGAGACAAGACUGCAGUCCGGCCACCCGUUUUCCCCAGCAGAAGCGGCGUUUAGCUUCUCGUGGGAAAGAGGGCGCUCUUCCAGACCAAAGAGGAGAGAAGCUUAAGGAAUAUUUACCAACUGUAUGCCUCUCAAGGGGAAGAUUAAAUUUUUGAUCUCAUUGCUUAAGAUCCACCCCCAAACCAUUCCUCCCAACUUCCAGGCUCUCCGAACAAUUUUCCUUCUCUCUGCUCAAUAAGCCAAGACCAAGCUCCCUCCCGCGAUUCUGCUCCCUCUGCUUUUGUUUUCCUGCAAAACUGAUGGAUGGUUGGCUUCCUCACAGAGCUACCACUGCCCAGAGACCUGGCUUGGUGGCAGCUGUGUAACUUCUGCUAGAAAACCAAAGAAGGCUUGGAAGUGCUCUCUGAACGUUUCAGGAGAAGCUUCGCUUGUGGGAGAGCUCCCAGAUGUGGCCGCUGGAGGAGAGGAAGGGCGGAACGGAUCCAGUGGGACACAUUCUCCACCUCUGAUUUUUUUUGCGUGGGGUGGAAGACACAGAGGCAAAUCUUGUCACUUGUGAUUUUGCCUUUGUUUUUAUGACCUGCUACAAGAGAUCUUCUCUCCCCUACCAAAAGCAGUGUGAGUUAUCAAGACUUGUGUCCCAGCAUUUUCUGGGCCCCCUGUAGGGCCUGUGCUAGGGAGACAAUGUCCGGUAGCACAGCAAGGAAGGUCCAACCGUUCACUAUUAGCACCAAGUUAUCUCUACCCAAGUGUUCCCUGGAAUUUCCAAGAGACAGCUGUACGGACAUUCCUCUUGUUGCUCUGAAUAACCAUGACUUGCACCAAAACCUCAAUGAGUGUGUUUCCCUGUACCUGGCUCAGACAUCUCUGGAGCCUGCUGGAGAAAGAUUUAAAAGUGAUAGUCCUACUGAAGAGGUGGUUGCCAGUGAUGAUUGUAUCAGCAGCAAUUCGCUGUCCCGUUCCAUCAAGAAGAUCACUUUGUCCAACUGGCAUGGAAAAGCUAGUCUAGGGGAAGAAGGGAUAUUCAGAGGCCCUUCUCACGCCAGUGCUGAGAAAAACUGCAACAACAACAACUGCAGAGCAGGAAAGGCACAAUUCAAGGUCUUUCUCAGAAAAGAUGUGGAAUCAAAGGGAGAAAAACAGGAUGUAAGAAGCCCCCAGGCUGGUGAUAAUUCUCUAGUUGGCAGAGUUGUACCUUUUCUGGCUGCAAGCUCUGUGGCAGCAUCUCCCUGGAAAGAGAGUGCCAAAAAUACCAAAUCAGGCACAGUAGUGGAGCUGAAGCCUUGCAUAGAAAGCAGCACUGGAGUGGCAGACUUUUCCAAGUGGAGCCUUCUCCUGGCCCAGUUCAACUGUGACAUGGUGCAGGCUGAAAAAUGGGUGCGAGGAAAACUCCAUGACCUGAAGGAUGGUUGCAGAUUUCAGGAAUGGGAGCGGAUAGCUCAGAUCUUACAAAGAGAUAUGAAGGAUUUUGAGAAUACCAUCAUCAAACUGAACCGGAUGGGUGAGCAAUUGAUGAUCCAACCAAAAUCUGGCACAGAGAUAGAGAGACGACUACAGACCCUGCAAGAACAAUGGCAACUGCUGAAGCAUGUGGCAGCAAAUCAGACUAAAACCAUGGUUGGGUUCAAGAACCUACAAGAGUUCAACCAGAAAGCUGAACAACUAGAAGCUUGGAUCAGGCAGAAGGAAGAGAAACCUUUGCUAGCUAUUUUGCUGCAAGAGAAGGCAGAUAAGGUACAAAUUACCCGGCGGAUCCUUGACUUGAAACAGGAGGAGCUGCAAUUCCAGGCUGUGCAUGAGGAAUUGAAUAGCCUGGCUCACAAGCUUGAGAAACAAGGGAAGAGUGAAAGCAGAAGUGUCAUGGCUCGACGCAAAUACCUCAAUAAAAUGUGGCUUCAGCUCCAGAGGACAUUAAAGGAACAUCAUGAAACCCUGCAGCAGGCACUAGAAGCAGCUGCUUUCCUCCAGCAAGCAGAUGUGCUCCUUUCAGCCAUCCAUGCAAAGUUGAGGCAUCUUUAUGGAAAAAGAAAACAGAAUGAAUCUGAGUCAAGUUCAGACCUGGAAAUCCGGGAUAUUGCCAGCCAGGUUAUGAUGCUGGAUGUGACCAUGUCACAGCUUAUAAGCCUUCAUCCCAGUCUGGCAGCACAAGUGUCCCUCAAACACCAAGAUAUCAAGGAGAGCUGGGCCCAGUUACAGCAGCUGUUGAGGAGUGAUAAUCCCCCACAAUUGGCUUUAACAAAGGAAUUUAUUGAUUCCUCAAGUCCUAAUCAGGUACUGACUACAACUACAAGGAGUCCAGGACGAGACGCUGAAGAAAAGCUGGUGUGGGAGGUGCAGAAGGACACGCCAGAAAUCAUGGCAGAACAUGUAAGAAGCCAAGAGAGCAACUCGGAUUUAUCAGGAAGAGAAGCCAUCACCAGUGAUAGCAGGAGGAGGAGGAAGUUUCUCAGACAGCCAAAGACUUUAAAGGAUCUGCCUCAGCAAGAGGCACACCUUCAGGACAUCUGCCAGGAUGUUGAUGGGGAAAUACAACAGUUGCUACGUACUGAUCAUAGGUGGAGUCCAGAAAUGGAAGAUGCCCUUGAGGACCUAGGAGAACUUUGGGCUGAAUUAAAAAAAAGACAUCAAGAAGAUGGCAUGGCAUUGCAAGAAAUUGACACAGCUUUGCAGCUGGUUGGGGAGCUAGAAGCAGCUGAAUGUUGGCUAGAAACUGUGGCAGGCUUGCUCUCUGAGCCAAGAGCAACGAAGAAUCUUGAUGACCUCCAUAGGGAUCUGCAGAAAGUUGGCAUCUUGAAGAACAAAGCUGGAGCAUGGGCUACUAAGAUUCACACUCUGCAAGAAGAAAUGCAGAUGGUUCCCUCCUCCGAAUACACAGCAGCUGCAGUGAUUCAGAGAAAGAUGGAACGAGUGAAGGAAAAGCUGGCCUGUGUGCAGGAAGCCCUCCAGCGCCAAGCAUCAGACUUACAUGAUUCCCUGAUUUUAAUGGAGUUCUUACAGAAUGUGCAGAUGGAUCAGACACUAAGUCAAAGGAACCAAAUAAAGGCUGCACCAAACCAGUUCAGUUCCCCAGAAUCUUUGCACCUUGUCUUAGCCCAGAGUGCCCAACAGGGGAAGAGUAAGGACAUGAGUAGACCACUGAAGGAAUUACAAGAAGCAGUGGAAAUGCUGAAUAAUGUUGUGAAUGAACAAGAGCGGGCCUUGAAGGCGGUGACUGAAACUGAGAGCCUGGAGUGUUUUACUCAGGUCAUGAAAGAUAAGGAGGAAAUUAGGCUGAGCUGGGUUACCUCACAGGUUGAAACAAUCCGGGAGAGGGCAGAAACACUGGCUCAGGACAUCAUCCUGGCAGAGAGGAGUUUUGCCACAGUGAAAAGCGAGAGGGAUCUGCUUGAUGUGCAGGGCAUGCAGAAAAGGCAGGAAGAGAUAGAGAGUGAUAUGUCUCAGCUGGAGGGAAAUAUAGCGAAACUGGAAAGAGCAGUUACUCACCUGGUUCAGGUAUCUGAUGAAUCCAGAUGGAUUCUUGAAAUAUUAGAGGCUUGGAAAGAUCUCCAAAAACUGGUGCUGGAAAAUUCAGUUCAUGGACAGCAGACUGUUUGCUUAUGGCAAUUCUUUAAAGACUAUCUGGCCAUUAUCUCUUGGACAGAGGAUACCCGGGCACAAAUUUUCUCAGAGAAUCUGAAUGCACAGGGCCUUUCAGAGGCUCCAUGGGAGAAUCUAAAGAACAGUAUGGAGGCUAAAUUCAAGGAGUUUGAGGAGUUGGCAGCAGCAGGGUGGGAGCUGGUGACUGAAGAGCACUACUUGAGUGAGACGAUAAAGGAGCGAAUGGAGGAGCUACAAAACAUGCUGGGAUGGGUGAUGGCACGAUAUCAAGCACAGUGUUCCCCAAAGGACCCUGGAAACAAGAAUGAUGAGCGAGAAACUCAGGAUAGCACUCUGAACAUGCCUCAAAACCUCCAAGUUAGUAUGCUCCCACUGAGUGCCUUUGUCACAACUAGGAACUGA